AUGUAUUAUGCAAACGGUUCAGGAAAUGUGUGAGAUUCAGAUUAGACAAGGAUGACCCAUCGGGCCUCGCGCAAUGCAGUCCGAGUACAAUACGUCGUCGUUUUAAUUGAUUGAAAACGGCUACUUCUUUCCAUCACCAGACCUAACAUGGACUGGAAAAUGUUCAGUUUCCCGCCUCUCUACCUCUAAAUCCCGCAAAUGGCCGACACCACCAAAACCAAGAAACGCCGCCGCGCAGAUCCGGAAUCCUCCAACGGCCAACCGGAACUCCCUUUUAAAAACCGCCUAAAGCCAGACUCUGUAAUCCUUGAAUCUCUACAAUCCCUCUUAGAGUCUACUGUCUCCGCCUCAACCUCGUCAAAGCCCUUGACCCUCGCCGACCUCUCCCUCUCGACCACCUGCCGCGAGGUCUCUGAUUUACCUCUCUCCUCCGUCCAAUCCGUCAUCGAAUCCUUAGUCCUUUCUCUCACCCACUCCAUCCUCUCCGGCCAGGGCUUUUCCUUUAACGUCCCUUCACGCGCCGCCACUAAUCAACUCUAUGUCCCUGAGCUCGACCGCAUCGUCUUAAAAGACAAAAAUACCCUCCGCCCAUUCGCUAACAUCUCCUCUGUACGCAAAUCCACUAUCACAACCAAAAUCCUGUCUCUAGUCCACCAACUCUGCCUUAAAAACAUCCAUGUCACAAAGCGAGACCUUUUCUACACCGAUGUCAAGCUCUUUCAAGACCAGACCCAAUCCGAUUCCGUUUUAGACGACGUGUCGUGUAUGCUUGGGUGUACUAGGUCAUCUCUCAAUGUAAUUGCUGCAGAGAAAGGAGUGGUAGUCGGGAGAUUGAUUUUCAGUGAUAAUGGAGAUAUGAUUGAUUGUACCAAAAUGGGAAUGGGAGGGAAAGCAAUUCCACCCAAUAUUGACAGAGUUGGGGAUAUGCAAAGUGAUGCAUUGUUUAUACUUCUAGUUGAGAAGGAUGCAGCUUAUAUUAGGCUAGCAGAAGAUAGGUUUUAUAAUAGGUUUCCAUGUAUUAUUGUCACAGCUAAAGGACAGCCUGAUGUAGCAACAAGAUUGUUCUUGAGGAAAAUGAAAAUGGAGCUGAAAUUGCCUGUCUUGGCAUUGGUGGAUAGUGAUCCUUAUGGGUUGAAGAUUUUGUCUGUGUAUGGUUGUGGGUCAAAGAACAUGUCAUAUGACAGCGCUAAUUUGACUACUCCAGAUAUUAAAUGGCUAGGAAUUAGGCCUAGUGAUCUUGACAAGUAUAAGAUACCGGAUCAGUGUCGGUUGCCGAUGACAGAGCAGGAUAUUAAGACUGGGAAGGAUUUAUUGGAGGAGGAUUUUGUGAAGAAGAAUCCGGGAUGGGUUGAAGAGUUGAGUUUGAUGGUGAAGACGAAGCAGAAGGCUGAGAUUCAGGCUUUGAGCUCAUUUGGGUUUCAGUAUUUGUCUGAGGUUUAUUUGCCAUUGAAGCUGCAGCAGCAGGAUUGGCUUUGAUGGAAUUGAAAGCUUUGAGCGAAUGUUGAGUUUGAAAUGGUUGCAGAAUGUAUUUCUUGUUUUCAAAUGUUAGUUAUCCUUAGAUUUUCAUGUACUCGUAUGAAUCAUGAUAAUUGUAACAAUGUUUAAGUUUCACUAUAGAACAUUCUCUUUGUAAUGUCAUUGGAUUUAAUUUGAAAGUACUCGGUGGUCAGUUUGUGAA